AUGACCCCUCAUUUGGUUUCCUUUCCUCCUCCUCCCCCCACCUCAUCUGAAAAACAGCGAUACGAAUUAACAAAAUUUUCGCAUCAUGGCCGAUUUCCUUACUGUUGCGAAGGAGUUUGCUGCCUGGGGGAUAGAUCCGGGCUCGGUAUCGUCUAUAGAGACCACUCCAUGAUGACUUUUGAGACCAACCAAGUCCAAGGGCUUGAAAAUAUUAAGGAGAAGCUUGGGUCUCUACCUUUUAGGAAACUGGUGCAUCAGAUCACUACUCUCGAUGCUCACCCCAGUGCACAAUCUGGCAGCAUAAUCGUUCUGAUCACCGGGCAGUUGUUGAUCGAUGACGGCGAACAUCCUCAAAAGUACUCUCAGUGUUUCCAUCUCAUACCCGACGCCGGCACCUACUAUGUUCUCAACGAUAUAUUCAGACUUAUUUAUGGUUAAGCUCGGGGCGAUGCUUUUUUCUUCAAAAUCAUAAAUGUUUCGUCUUAUUCUCUUCGUGUCGUUCCGCUUUUUUCCCCGUUAAGAUACCCUUUCCCUAUGAACUUCUUCUACUCCCUGAUUUCCGGGGAAUAGGCGUCGUGAGGGAAUGCUGGGAACAAAAUUUCCUUGAUAUUUCCGUAGGUCUUCCCUACCUAGCCCACUACGGCCUCACUAUCGUUCGACGUUGCGUCACCGGUGGGGAACUCAGCUUGAUAGAAACUUUGAUUUCCUAUUUCUCUCCUUUACCCUUUUCCUAUCCCCUCGCCCCUGAUAGACUGCCUUUCUAGAACCUUAGACAGGGAGCAGGCGAGGGUUCGAGCCGGAAGGAAAGGGGGAGGGGGAAAGUAACUCUAGGUGGUGGGAAUAAAUUUUUGUCCGUUUCAA